AUGAAGUUCACAUCCGCCCUUUUCUUGUCCAGCGUGAUUUACGCCGUUGCUGCCACAAGGAACUCCAAUGGCUGCAAUCAGAAUAACUGCUACAGAGCUGUCAAGGCGGACAACUUCCCAACCCGCCCAGGCACUGCAGACUGCUCUUCGUUCUUGAGCACCACUGUUGAGCAGAAGACAAGCACUGAGAUCAACGAAGGUGUCAAAACUAUUGUCACCUACUAUGAGACUACUAUCCCCACCCACAUCCCAGCCUAUGCAUCGCCAUGCAGUGACAGCCCAGCCAAAUACUCCAGUGCUUGUUCUUGCAUUGGUGUCACCCCAGUCACUACUGUCAUCAUCCCAACUUGUGGUCCUGGUACCCUCAGCUGCAAUAACGGACCAUGUCAAGAUGUUUUGAGCGACCCAUACAACUGUGGCGCUUGUGGUAACACUUGCGAAUCCGGCACCUGUAUCAACGGUCAAUGCUCUGUCCCAAGCUGUGAUGGAUCUUCCUGCGGUAGCUUGAACGGCUGCGGUGCUGACUGCUUCUGCUUCAAGGAGGCUAGCGGCAAGGGAUUCUGCGGUCCUAAUGUCUCAUGCGCACCACUUAAGGAUUGCAAUGCUAACAGCGACUGCGACAUUGGUGAGGUUUGCGCUAUCAGCACUUGCUGCAGCAGGAACGUUUGCUUGAACUCCUGCGCACUCACUCGCAGGUCUUUGGCCAGCAACUUCGUUGGCUCCCGCGAUGUCAAUGCUGGUUGGACUGGUGGCGCUCCACCACCAGCUUUGUUCUAA